AUGUCUGAGCGAGGCGCUCGCGGCGGCGGCUCGCGCGGCGGGCAGCGUGGCGGCGGCGCUCGUGGCGGGCGCGGCGGCGGACGGGGCGGCGGUGCAGCAGGCGCAGGCGGCAGUGCCACGCAGGGCCCCGAGCGGCCGAAGCGCGAGGCCAUCCUCGACCUGGCCAAGUACGUCGACCAGCGCGUGCGCGUCAAGUUCGCCGGCGGGCGUCAGGUCAUCGGCGUGUUGAAGGGCUACGACCAGCUGCUCAACCUCGUCAUGGACGAGGUCGAGGAGUACAUCAACGACCCCGAGACGGGCGAGCCGACGGAGCAGACGCGGGCUCUCGGCCUCGCUGUGCUGCGCGGUACGGCGCUCACCGUCAUCAACCCGGCCGACGGCUUCGAGCAGAUCGCAAAUCCCUUUGCCCAAGCAGAGUAGUGGCGGAGCACACGCAAUCAAAACAUUCAGGAGAGCAU